AUGGAAAUAUGCAUGAUAUCAGGACCCCGUCAAGUCGCAUGCCCUGUACGAAGCAAACGUGGAUUGCUAAUUGAGGAAGUUUUGGAUACUGAAGAACCUGUUUAUGGCGAUGAUGAACUGGAUGAUGAAGAAGAAUUGUACCCUUAUACAUGUAACCUCUUGAUCGUUCGUCUCUCUUGCCUCACACCUCGCGCUGAUGAUCAUUUCCUGCAACGAAACAAGAUAUUCCAGUCCUAUUGCACAAUCAAUGGAAAAGUUUGUUCUUUUGUCAUCGAUUCGGGAAGUAGCAAGAAUGUGAUAGCUGCUGAUGCAGUUACCAAACUCGACAUCAAGGACAAACCGCACCUGCCGCCUUAUAAACUAGCAUGGCUUCAGCAGACACAUGAUCUCUUUGUCACUCGCCGAGCCCUAGUCACGUUUUCGGUGGGAAAGUCAUACAAAGAUAAGAUCUAUUGUGACAUCGCACCGAUGGAUGUUUGCCAUCUCCUUCUAGGCAGACCUUGGGAAUUUUAUCGACGGAUCAUAUAUGAUGGAUUCAACAACACUUAUAGUUUUAGCAUGGACAAUCGCAAGUUUGUGUUAAAACCGUCUUUACCAGCCUCACUCCACCUGGUGUCUCACCCUGUUCUUUUGCUCCAACGCCAACCUUUCAAAGCAACCAUGCAUGAGGAAGAGAGGGUACUUAUUCUCCUGACUAAAGCGGCCGGCCCAGACCUUUUUCUAAACAUUCCACCCGACUUUAAGGAACUGUUGCACGAGUUCGCUGAUGUUUUUCCCGAUGAUUUGCCAGAUGGCUUGCCUCCUCUUCGGGACAUACAACAUUGUAUAGACUUUAUACCAGAUGCGGCACUGCCCAAUAAUUCUCAUUAUCACAUGAGCCCCACUGAGCACGAGGAGCUUCGACGUCAAGUUGAAGAACUCGUAUCUAAAGGAUUCAUGCGCGAAAGUUUGAGUCCAUGUGCGGGUACCGGCGCUUUUGAUUCGAAAAGAUGGAUUGUCUCGUAUGGGGUGGAUAGCAGAGCGAUAAACAAAAUAACAGUCUGUUAUCAUUUCCCAAUUCCACGAAUUGACGACUUAUUGGAUUUAAUAAGGACGGCUACGAUCUUUUCCAAGCUGGACCUUAAAAGCAGAUACCACCAAAUUUGCAUUAACCCUGGAGACGAGUGGAAGACGGCGUUCAAAACUCGAGAAGGUCUUUUUGAGUGGUUGGUAAUGCCCUUCGGAUUAUCGAAUUCUCCUAGCACGUUUAUGAGAGUAAUGAACCAAGCUCUUCUUCCGUUUAUUGCUAAAUUCGUGGUUGUCUACUUUGAUGACAUUCUCAUCUUCAGUACAUCACUCGCGGACAACAUUCAACACCUUAAAGAUGUCCUCACCAUUUUGCGCCGAGAUCAGUUCUUUGCAACUUAA